AUGACAGAUUAACUAUUUGUCGGUUAAUUGUAAUAGAAAGUAGGAGAGUUAAAAACUGAGUAUGAUUUACAACGCAGUAUUAAAGAUAACACUAUAAAUGCUAAAAUAGUAUAUUUUAAAUUGAUUUAAAUAGCAACGCUCAAGGGAUAAGAUAUGUGAAAUUUUAAGAAGGGUUUAAGGAAGAAGACCUAAAGUACAAAAUGAAGACAGUGAAGAUUCAACAGAUUAUAAGAUCACUGAAGAAAUAGAACCAUAUGAAAGUAAAUAUAAUGAAGAGGUCUUAUAAAGGAGACAUUACAUAUUCUAAUUUAAAAUGUAUUUACGUAGAAAAAGGUAUUAUUUUUAUUGAUUUUUAAUAAAGAGAACGAUUAUAAAGGGAACAAGAAUUCAAACUAUUAAAAUUAUUAGAUUAAUAGACAGAAGCACUUUAAAAAUGGGUGAUCAAGGAUCCAAAUGAUUUAGAUAUGUUUGAUUUCUUUUAUACUUAAAUAGAUCCACAUCGUAAAGGAUAGAUUCACCAUUUGUAAAUCAAAAACUUUAUGUAUGACAAUCCUUUAAUAAUGACAUUGUUUUAAUUUGAUAGAUAAUCACUCACAUUAGCAUUGGAUUCUUUUCCAGUUAAGGAGAGAUUUCAUUUAAAUUAAGAUGAAUUUAUAUAUUUUUUACAGAAGUAUUAGAAAAUUAAACCAGAAAAAGGAUUUAGAGAAUAUGUGCAUUUAUUUGAUCCAAUUCAUAAAUAAAUUAAUCUAUUUGAGAAUACUCCUCGAAUUUUAUUAUUGGAAGAUAUUUCAAAAAUGAAAGAAGCAUUUGAUUAAGUUAGUGAAAAUGGUUUAGCUACAAUAGAUGAUGCAAUCAAAAUAAUACGCUAAAAUUGUGAGUUAUUUGUUUAUGCUGUUCAUAUUGUAGUUUACGGAUUGAAUUUGUUAUUAGAAAGUGUAUUAUAAUAGAUAGAAAUUGGAUAUUUGAAUAAUCCUGAUGAAUAGAUAUCAUGGAAUUAAUUUAUGUAUUUCUUUGAUAAUCUACCAAAUGAUUAAGAAGAAUAAUAAGAACCAUAAUAAUAAGAGGAUUCUCUUUCAUCUUAAUCAUCUGAUGAUUAUUUUUAUUAAAUGACUUCAAAAUAAGUAAUUCCUCCUCCUCCAGAACCUGAAAAAAAAAAAAUAAGAAAAAGAUCAUCACCUAGAUAACCUUUUUAAGAAAUAAAUGUAGAAAAGAUGUAAUUCACUGUUCCUAAGAAAACUGGCUAAGAAAAGAGGGAACUCAAUAAAUAACCUAGUAUAAGAGAAAAAUGGGUAAUGGAAUAAGUGAGAUAAAAAUAAGAAGAAAUUGAAGAAGCUUAUAAAUUUAGACCAUUUAAAGCUAAAGUUAUACCAUAUAAGGUAAAGGAUAAGAAUUAUUAUAAUGAAUUGUUAGAGAGAGAAGAAAUAAGAAGAAGAGAAUUAAAAGAAAGAUGCAAAGAAAAAACUUAAUCUAUAUAAAAACCUUUUAAUUUUGAUGAUAGAAAAAGGGAUUAACCUAUCAAAUUACCAGAAGAUGAAGAAGAACCAUAUAAAUUUAGAGCUAAUCCUAUUCCUUGGUAUUGCUCUUUAAAAUUAUAUGAAAGAAAUAUUUAAGAAUAAAAAAUUAAAAGUGAUAAUAGAAAAAAAAUUAGAAAAUAUUGGUUAUAAGAAAAUUCAAAAUUACCACCAAGAAUGUAGGAAUGGAUUGAUAAAAUGAAAUUAAAAGAAUUAGAAAAAUAAUAAGAAUUAUUAUUAAGUUCUCCAAAAACUGUAAGAGCUAAAUAAAUUCCUAAUUUUAAUAAAUUACAUGAUUAAUUGUAAAAAUAAUUAGAAAAAAAAAAAAAGAAAUUUAAAACUACUAAUCCUGUUGGUCCUAUAUUUCAUGAAAGUAAAAAGAAAGCUUAAAGAGAUUAUUUGGAUGAAAAAUCAAUAAUAAAAGAAGAUCCCUUAAAAAAGGCUAAGAAAGCAACAUCAAAGAAACCAAAAAUCUAGCCUAGAUCAACUAAUAAAUUUAAUGCUUAUGUCGAUUAUAUAUAUACAAUGAAAUAGAAUCAACUUGUUCUUGAUUAAUAAAAUGACGAGGAGUAAAAAUAAAGAGAAGAUAAAAAAUAAUUAUUUAGGCCUAGAGUACAUUAAUCAUGGGCUAUAUAAGAUCAUAAUUAAAUACAAUAUGAAAGAUAAUAAUAAAAAUUUAUUGAACAAUUUUAAAGGAGAAGACAAGAAGAGGAAGAUUUUAAUAAUAUGAUGAAAGAGAUCUUUGUAAGAGUAUAUCAAAGGCCUUUAUUGAUGGAAGUUGAAGCAGCCAAAAGUCAAUAAUAACCUUAAGAAGAAUAAGAGUAAUAAGAAUAAUUUGACUAUAUGAAUCCUAUUGGAGAGUAAGAUGUAGAAGAAUCAGAAAGAAUAUCAUAAUAAGAUCCAGAAGGUGUAGAUUAAGUUGGAGAAUAGGCAGAAUAGUCAUUAAGAGAAUAUGAUGGAUAAGAAAUUGAUGGAGAUUAUGAUGAUUAAAUUGACAUUGAUAAUUUAGAUCCUUAAUUACUUGAAAAACUAUAAAAAGAUGCUAUAGGUAUAUUUUCAUAUAAGAAUUUUAGCUAAAUAAUAUGGAUUAACAGAAGAAUAAAUGGAAUAAAUUUAGUAAAUGGGAGGAUUUUAGAAUUUUUAAGGUAUGGAUUAUGAAGAUGAAGAUGAUGAAGAACAAGAUGAUUAAGAAGAAUUAUAAAAUCCUCAUUAUAAACGCCAUUCUUUUUGA